AAGAGCAAAAGGAGCAUUAAGACGAAGUUUCUGCGUUUAUACAAUUUGUUAUUUCAUUUAUACGAAUAAAUCUAAUCGAGAAGAAGUCGGUUUUUGUAAAUUCUUUAAGCAUAAUCUUUUCAUUGCUUCCAAAUAUCUUUCUAGUCAAUUAUCUCACAUCUAAGAAAGUGUAUAGUAUAAACGAGUGCUGACAAGGGUUAUACUGACAAUCAUAUUUAACCAGAAUGGGACAAACAUUGAGUGAACCAGUGACAACUAAAAAAUCAGCUUGUUGUAAGGACUCUAAAUACAGAGUAGGUAGUUCAUGCAUGCAAGGAUGGCGUGUCGGGAUGGAAGACUGUCAUGUACAUAUUCUAUCCCUACCUGAUGAUCCAGGAACACCCUUCUUUGCUGUUUACGAUGGACAUGGAGGUGCGGCAGUAGCACAAUAUGCCGGUAAACACCUUCACGAGUAUAUAGUCAAACAGCAGGAUUAUAAGGAUGGCAAUAUCGCUAGGGCAAUGGAGUUAGCUUUUCUGAGAUUGGAUGAGGCGAUGCAGUAUGACCCCGUAAUUAUGGAUGAACAAGCAGGAACAACUGUCAUUGCCCUGCUAAUCAAGGAUAAUAUACUUUACAGUGCUAAUGCUGGAGAUAGCAGAGCUGUAGCCAGUGUGGCAGGAAAAACAAUACCAUUAAGUAGAGAUCACAAACCUACACUGGAUGGUGAGUGGCAACGAAUAAAAGCUGCAGGUGGUACAGUGGAAUUCAAUAGAGUCAAUGGGCAUUUGGCACUUUCCCGCGCUCUUGGAGAUUUCAUGUUUAAAAGGAAUGAAAGGAAAUCAGCUGAAGAACAGAUGGUUACAGCUCUUCCAGAGGUAGAGGAACAUGAGAUCACAGAUGACUGGGAGUUUGUAAUAUUGGCAUGCGAUGGAAUUUGGGAUGUGAUGAGUAGCGAAGAGGUUGUGGAGUUUGUAAGGAGUCGGUUGGCUCACUCACAAAAAAAUGGACUAGGAACAGAGAAAGAAAGUAUAGUCGAGCCUGAAGACAUUUGUGAGGAACUAAUGAGCUGCUGUCUAGCACCAGAUGCGAUAAUGGGUACUGGAUGUGAUAAUAUGACAGUUGUACUUGUAUGUUUCCUUCAUGGUAAACCAUAUUCAGACCUGGUGAGAAGGUGUCAAAGACCUGCAGUGCAAACAGAUGCUGCACCCUAAGCACACCUAAUGUAAUUCACAAAUAUUUGGUACUGUCCUAAACCUAUGUUAGCUGUACGCGCAUCAUUACCUCGAUACCAGAUAACUCCUUGCUCUUAUAUUAAUGAAUGACAAAAGAGUUCUAGUGAUUGAUUAAUGUCAAGUGUAUAAAAACUAAUAAAUAUUUUUAUAGCCAAAGUGGAGAAUA